GACUGAGCGCUUCAGUUCUGAUUUCCAGAACCCUAUCGUGACGACGCGAGUGUUGUCCGCUAUCCAGGAGCACCUCACAUCCCACCAGCAAAUGCUUAGCAGUUCCAGUUAUAUAUAUAUGUAUAUAAGAUUCUCGCAAGUUCACCUUCGAAGAAAUCUGUAUUUUGGAAUGUUUCUGUCUUUUUUAUAUUACUUUACAUUAUUCCCGUCGAUUUUAUUAUUUCCAGCCACCGUGAGGCCAUCAAAGUAACACAAUAUACAUUAUAUACUCGUAUACGGGAAAUAUAGUUUUAUGUGUAACGUUAAAAAGAAAUAAUCAGAGCUAUCAACCACAUGCACUGCCAACGAUCGUAAUAAAAUGUUUUGCGACAUGAAUUUCGUUCUUAAAAUAGUGAUUUUUCAAUCUUUAACGAUACCCACAACAAGAGGACUGGAUAAUGAUAACAACAAGUUGGCGCCCGAAGACGUUAAAAUAGAUGUCUUCAUCGAUCGCUUACUGAAAUCUAACAAUUUUGAUCGCUUGGUGGAAACGAUCGCUGAAAAAAUAGCUCAGAGGAUAGGCCACUGUGAUAAAGUAAAGCAGAGAGUGGAACUUAAAGAAACCGGUCAAGAUCCUAUUAAGAGAAGAGCACACAAACGAAAAGACGCCGAGGAAAAUACAUCAGUCACAGAAAACAAGCUCAUGUUGAAAUACAAGCUGUUCACAAAAACCUUUGACAGUGACAGCAGACGUUCAGGAAGCGAGAGCCGGCAUCGCGGCUUGUUGUUAGACUUUAAUUAAACAAUUACACAAAAAAUAUUUUUUCAACUUUAUUUUU